CUUCCUCCUUCAUUUCCGUUUCACGAUCUGAUCCACGAUCAAUCCAUCCAUCCUCCACUUUGUUUCUCCCUUAACUCUCAUUUAUGGAUUCUCUUAGUUUUUCUCACGCUGUUUUAUUUAUAAAAAUCCUAAUCGGAGUUUUACUUCGAUAAAACUUGGUCCUAUAUUCUCUUUAGUAUAUUGCGAUUAGUUCCAACAGAAAAUCCAAACUCGAAGAAACCAAAAAGCUGCUGAAAGGGUUUGUGGAUUUGCUCAUCCUCGCAUCUGGGCUUCAAUCUUCUGGUGCUCCCGCUUAUUGGGACGCCGACAGCUGCAGGAAAACUCUACAAUGGGGUCUAUUCUUCGAAAACAUGUUAAGAAACGUAAAUAGUUCAGACCCAUCUGAAGAUGAAGCUGUGAGAGAGGUUGAGGAAGUUAUGUCGGAGAUUAAAUCUAAUCCUUUGUUCCCAAAGGUUUGGAGAAUCUGUCAUUAGAUAGUCUCUCAAAGGGAAAAGAGUUUGUUUCGGAUCAUUUGAUGAAUAACUCGACGUUGAAAGAUAAACAACUCCAAGUUGUUCUGGUUGCAGCUGUGGAGUCUGGUGACGGUAUUAUGGAUAUUAUUGAUGGGAAGCUCUGUGAGAGGGAAGCUGUUGUGUCAUGUGUAUCACGGCUUGAGACAGGUUUGAUGGUCCUUUCUAAACACAUAGAGGUAAAAGAAUUGCAACAGAAAGAAGCUAAGGAUACAGCUUUGUUGGGGUAUGUAAAAGCACGAGAUAUAGCAUGUACUCUGAUAAUCUUUGUGUAAUUUCUUCGCGACACUCCCAACAAGCGAAUUCUUCGCUCACUGGUGUCCCGGCUGUAGAAACUAACAAGGACAACAUCCUCAUUAUGAGAAGGUCGCAAGGCUCUCUAAUGGACCAGAUGCAAUACAUCCCGGAAUCGUUUUGAUGACGAGAGUUGAUUGUGCAAUGAAGUCGAAUACCAAGUUCUGUGACAAGUUCCCUGUGUUGCAUUACCCAAAUGCUCUUUUGGGGUCAUCCUAAGUUUGUCUCUGGCAGUGAGGAACCUAAAGCUUGUUAUUGAUGACGCUUACACAUUCUUAUGGCUUGGAUGAUAAGAAAUUCUAAAAUGAUCAUGUCCAGUCUAAUAAAAACCAGAUUUCUCAGGCUAUGUAUGACGUUGAGGAAGCAACCACAGAAGCUUUUGAUAUAAUUUUGUCACUGAAGAUUUAUCCAGCUUCUAACAGCACAUCAUGCUUCCAGGAGGUGUCGGAAGGGAGCGGCAGAAGUACUAGAGUAAGAGAACUUUGAGAUUGGUAUCGGGAGCCAGCUUGAUAUUUUCUGCACCGAGAGCUCAGUGGGCAGAUGUGUUUAGACGGUUUCACGUUUCAGAACAAAGAAGCUAUAUUCAUGGAAAAGAUUGUAUCAGAACACGCCUCAAGGUUUCCUUAGCUAAUAGCAUACUGGACCUGUGCUCUUUCUCCAUCAAGUUGGGUCUUUGUGUCAUGGCUGAGAAAAAUGCAUUUGUAGUCUUCUAUUCUAGGGAAAGAGCUAAAAGCAAAAUUCUGAAGAUAUGUGAAACUUUUGGGGCCAAUCGCUAUCCCUUCAGCGAAGAACUUGGAAGAAGAGCUCAAAUGAUGACUGAGGGACUAACUCACUUUGAUGAGAUUCUACAACAAGCUGAUGGAAUCAUUCUUUCUCGUGGAAACUUGGGUAUUGAUUUAUCCCCAGAGAGGGUGUUUUUAUUUCAGAAGGCGGCUCUGUACAAGUGCAACGUGGCUGGAAUUGGUGUUUAGUCAAUACAUCGACACUCUAGAGCUGAUCAGGGACCAGAUCAGUGCAAUAUUUGGCUGGACUGAAGGAGAAGAGAUCCUCUACAUGCAAGGUCAACUUAAACUAACAAUAAGACAGUAUCUGAUCAACAACUUCAACAGACCAGACAGUAAAUCUAAAGUGCUACUAGCAUCAACAGGAGCGUGUUCAGAGGGUAUUCAUCUGGUUGGCGCUUCGAGAGUUGUCCUCCUCGACGUUGUUUGGAAACCCUUCUGUUGAGCGGCAAGCCAUAAGCCGAGCAUACAGAAAAGGAUCUGUGCUGAGUCAGAGAAGGUUUUCCAUCAUGAUUUAUACUUUAAGAAGACCGUCAUGUUUGUUGGCGAACCGAAGACUCACCUUGAAUCCGUUGCUUCUUCAGCUGUUUUUAUUCAAAAUAUAUGAAGAUACGGAUUACACUUUACACUGCAUAUAGUCUCAGUUCACAAAAAACUUAAAGAUGAUGAGCAUGAAAACGUUGUGAGCGUCACAGGUAAAAACCGGAUGAAAACAUAAGUCAACAUUUACCCCUUUCAAUUUCAACGAGAUUUCAGGUGCCUUUCAAUGAACAAGUCACAAUGUAGAAUCUUUUAGUUUGGUAGAAUACAAAAUAAGCAUGUGAAAUAAUGAUUUGGUCGAAUGUGUAAAGUUGGGUGAAAAGUAUAGUUGUGAAUAUAAUAUCUAGAAAUGGAAACAUGGAACACAGUUAGUCAAAGAAAAAUGAAAAGUAAAAUAAAAUUGAG